CGCUGCCGCUYGGAGGUUCGGKCAAGUGACAAAAGYGACRAGAUGAAGGCUUGGGUAACCUCGAYCCUCGGUAACUCCCUCAAGCUCAUAACUCAGAGGCUUGAGGAGGUCGACUCCAAAUCCAAGAUUGCAACGGUUGAGAAGGAGGAACUGUUGCAACUGCGAGCAGAGAGAGCUGCCCGCGAGAUGGCAGCAAAGGAAUCGGGUAGCGAGAAGCGAAAGCGCGGUGGGGCUGCUCCUCCGGCUGCGGCUGUUACUCCAAGAGUAAACCUUGGCAAGUCUCGCUCUAGAGGUAGCGGAAUAGGUCGAUUACGAAGGGUGGAUAUCUCAUCCGAUGAAGAAGGCGAGGUUGGGGGUGUAAACCAAAACCUGAGCGUCAAGCUUGAGAGUAGCAGUGACCUAUCUGAGGUCAAGAAGAUGUUGUCAGCCCUGGUUCAAAGCCUGGCUGAGCAGAAAGAUAAGCAGACUGCUGGUUUGCCGCAACAGGAACCUGAACCGCAGCAAGAAGACCAUGAAGACGUGGAUGUUGCGAAGAAUUAUGUCAACACUGAGGAAGAGGAAGCUUACGAAGAUGGUCUGGCUGCCUAUAUGAAGAUGCGCCAGGAUUUUUAUACCUCGCUGCAUUACACGAGGGUUCAGGAGCUCUGUAAAGAGAAGGAAAUUCCAUAAAUUCGCAAAGAGAUGUGGGAACUCGCACGCUUGGAUCUCCAGGAGUAUGCAGAUCAGCUCAAGGCG